AUGUCGGACGGGGGAUUGGAUUCCCCCUUCGCACAUGGUUCGCUGCGGGCACGCAGGGGCCACUCGUGCGUUGAUAAGCGACGAUCGGCGGCAACGCCUGAGGCAGGCUACCCAGAUCUGAGGCAUAAUCCCGACACUUUUUGCCCGCAAGACGAACUUCCAGGAGGGAUUGGAAUGGCUAUUGGUGACCCACCGCUUGAGUGGUGCAGCGAGGCGCUGGAGGCGCUGCGGAGGUGUUCCCCCCCGCCCGGGAUGGUCGUCUUCGAUCUGGACUACUGCACGUGGCCAUUUUGGUGCGAGAUGUACACAGUCUCGGACACACCGCGGCUGUAUCCCGAGGCUGGUGACAUCAUAGAGGCAAUCAAGGACAGUGGCGUGGCCUUUGGCGUUGCAUCAAGGACACCAACGCCUCAUGUGGCACGUGCCUUUCUCAAUCGCCUAGGCCUCACAGAAAAGAUCGACUUUCUUCAGCUCAUCCCCGCAGCGGAUGGCUUCGACCAACGGUCUGCCCAGAAGGACACCGCCCAUUUUCCGAACUUGAAGCGUGACUCGGGUUUGCCGUACAGCGACAUGCUUUUCUUUGACGAUGAACACAAGAACGUUGCCAAGGGUGGCUGGGCGUUCUGGUCAGUUCCAAGCUUACAGCCCCGGUUUGGCACACGUCAAAAUGUGAAUCGACAACAUCCGCCCCAAGGUUGA